ACGGAGCCCUUUUCCCCACUGGGCUCGGUUUCUAGUAGGGGGAGGCCCGCCUCCCGGGGCCGCUGAUUGGCCCACACGCUCUGCAGAUAAUUUAUGCCAGCAUCCUCUCGGUGCGAUUGGCUGCCCGGCUCCAUUCCGCUGGGAGUCGCAUCCUACCUGGCUGGGAGGUGUAGCGCCUUCCCACACUUUGCCUUCUGGUGCUCCUGCCCUGGGCUGCGGCUAAGGUGGGAGCGAAAGUCCCGGCUGGAAGGAGGCUGAGGGGGAGAAAAAGCGAUUCUGAUGGGUUCUUGGAAAGCUUUCCUCUUCUCUCCUUUCCUUCUGUGGAGUCCAAGUAGAGGCGUGAGGCUGAUGUUCUUGUUGCUGACCCUGCAUCUGGGAAACUGUGUUGAUAAAGCAGAUGAUGAAGAUGAUGAGGAUUUAACAGCGAACAAAACUUGGGUCUUGGCCCCAAAGAUUCAUGAAGGAGAUAUAACACAAAUUCUCAAUUCAUUGCUGCAAGGCUAUGACAAUAAAUUUCGCCCAGAUAUAGGAGUGAGGCCCACAGUAAUUGAAACGGAUGUUUAUGUAAACAGCAUUGGACCGGUUGAUCCCAUAAAUAUGGAAUACACAAUUGAUAUUAUUUUUGCCCAAAGCUGGUAUGAUAGGCGUUUAAAAUUCAAUAGUACAAUGAAAGUGCUUGUACUUAACAGCAAUAUGGUUGGGAAAAUUUGGAUUCCUGACACUUUCUUCAGAAACUCAAGAAAAUCUGAUGCUCAUUGGAUAACGACUCCUAAUCGUCUUCUUCGAAUUUGGAAUGAUGGACGAGUCCUAUAUACUUUAAGGUUGACCAUUAAUGCAGAAUGUUAUCUUCAGCUUCAUAACUUUCCUAUGGAUGAACAUUCCUGUCCACUAGAAUUUUCAAGCUAUGGAUACCCUAAAGAUGAAAUUGUCUAUAAGUGGAAAAAAACUUCUGUAGAAGUGGCUGAUCCUAAAUUUUGGAGAUUAUAUCAGUUUGCAUUUGUAGGGUUGCGGAACUCAACCCAAGUUUAUCACACGAUGUCUGGGGAUUAUAUGAUCAUGACGAUUUUUUUUGACCUGAGCAGACGAAUGGGAUAUUUCACUAUUCAGACCUACAUCCCAUGCAUUCUGACAGUUGUUCUUUCUUGGGUGUCUUUCUGGAUCAAUAAAGAUGCAGUACCUGCGAGAACCUCACUGGGCAUUACCACCGUGCUGACCAUGACCACGCUGAGUACCAUUGCCAGGAAGUCCUUACCUAAGGUUUCCUACGUGACGGCGAUGGAUCUCUUUGUUUCUGUGUGUUUCAUUUUCGUUUUUGCAGCCUUGAUGGAAUAUGGCACCUUGCAUUAUUUUACCAGCAACGAAAGAGCAAGGGCUGCUAGAGACAGAAAGCUAAGACACAAGGCCUCGAUAUCUCCUGGACUCCACCCUGGAUCCACGCUGAUUCCGAUGAACAGCAUCUCUCUGCCACACGGAGAAGAUGAUCGCGGGUACCAGUGUCUGGAGGGCAAAGACUGUACCAGCUUCUUCUGCUGCUUUGAAGACUGCAAGACGGGGUCCUGGAGGAAGGGAAGGAUCCACAUCCGCAUUGCCAAAAUGGACUCCUACUCGCGAAUAUUUUUCCCAACAGCCUUUGCUCUGUUCAAUCUGGUUUAUUGGGUUGCCUAUCUUUACUUAUAAGUUCUACUUGCUAAGAAAGAGCAUAAGAAAUUUGACUAAAUCCAAUAUAAUCUAUUGUACUUCAGUAAAAUGAAGUUUAAAUUUAAAAUUCAGAGGAACUGAUGACCAAAAUGUGAAUAUUAUUGUCAUCAUUUUAAGACUUUCAUAGUUAGGUAAAGUAGCAAUUUGCAUAUUAAGUUACUUAAAUUUGUGUAACACAGAUUAUUUGUAAAAUGCAGUCUAUUAAAAUACUCAUAUAUUUUUACUUAAAUUUUAUUUAUAUUACUUAAAUCACAUUAGGGUUUUUGGACUAUGUUCCUGGAUUCAUAUUUUAAAGAUAUAAUAAUUUUAAUACAUAAUUUAUUUAAAUACAAUCUAUAUAUGAGUGAGCCUAUUCUAAUGUCUGAUAUUUAUGUAGUAAUUUUUCACCUAAAAAAUAUUGUCAAUUUUUUUUCUUUCUUUUUAUUUGUAAGCCCUAUUUGGAAUAGAGGUUGUUUUUUUUUUUUUUUAAACAUAAAGCCAUGAUUUCCUGGGAUUUAGUUUCAAGAUGUUUGACUCCAAGGAAAAAAUUAACUUACUUAUAAAUUCUUUAUUAAUUAAAUAACAACAUUCCCAUUUUACAUAAUUAAAAGGCCAAUUUUUUAUCUGUUUUAGUGAAAUCUAUUUCCUGACACAGUAUUAAAUAGAACUCUAGUUACAUUUAUUGUGUUGUUUUUUUUUUUUUUACUUAAAUUUAUUGAGGUGACAUUCUUUAAUAAGAUUAUAUAGAAUUUUUUGAUAAUUUACAAACUAGGAUGGGAACCACCAAAGUCAUCUUUUUAAAAUACAAGGUAAAAAAAAUAUAAGAGUGUUACCUUCAACCAUUUUAUGCUCUGUUUCUUAGCAUUCAUGUAGUAAAAGGAAUUAACACUGAAAUAUUUAGCUCUCCCAACCCUGGAAUUAAAUGGAGAAAGAAUUGAUUUUUUUUUUUUUUUUUCUGUAUGCUCUGCAAAUGUUACAUUCCCUAAAUUAACAAAAACACUGAGGAACUGUGCUUUGUGGUUAAAGAAUUAUUACCUAGCAAAUUGAGCAACAGUUCAUAUUGAGGGCAUGGUCUUAAAUAUGAACUACUAACAUUUUUCAGACUAGAAAAGUUCUGGAAACACUGUUUUAGGAAUUUUCAUAUAUUGCCUUUCCCAUCUCCUAAAUUUGGACACUGCCAGUUUUACAAAUUUGUUAUAAUUCUCUAUAAUCUUCUCUUCUAGGAGAUGGUCGCAGGCCCAAAAGCCAGGUUACAGGUGGAGUACUGUUAGAAGCACCUCUAAGGAGCUUGAGUGUGGAGGCUCUACAUUACUAGACACAGGAGCAAAGAACGGUUCACUCUAAUGUAAAGCCUGCUGGUUAAUAGCUUCCAAAACAUGUCUUUUGUUAAGAGGGAGUUAACUGUAGGCUUUAAUCUUUAUAAUAUUGUAACUAGUUUGGCAUAUCAAUUGUUUAUGAAAAACCUGUAUUCAUUCAUUAUCACCUAAUUUUCUAGAAAAUCUCCAGAGUGGUCUUGGAGAUAAAAGUUAAGAAUGCCUUCCAUUGCCAAGAGCAACUAUCAGGAUGAAGCGUUUUGAUAAAGGCCUAUCUUGUUAAGUGGAUGAAGCUAUCGCCUGUACAGUUGACAUUCUAGUUUUUAAUACAAUAACUCCUUCACAUGGUUAAUAAAUACAUGAGUAAGGGUCAGUCAUGAUAUACUUAUGUUUUUAGAGUAUUGUUAUUAAAAAUCUAAAUGUAUGUCAUUGUGUGCUCCCCAGAUAUGUUUGAAUGUUUACUAUGCUUAUUUACUUCUGGGGGGAAAAAAGCAUAAAUUAAACAACAAUGCCCAAAUAUCCACCGACACUGCUUGUUUUGAAUGGAGAGCCAAAUUAAACUUUGGCCAUGUAAUAUAACCAUUUACGAGUUAUUCAUGCAUUCAUUUGUAUAACAUCCAGUGUUUACAGAUAUCCUUAAGGUGAACAUUAAUUUAGAGUUAAAUAAAAAAGUACCCAUGAAGAAUAAAACACUUCAUUCAAAUGUAUGAUAGCCAUUCAUUUGAAAUGCAUUUUCAAAGGGAAUACAGUUUUUUUGGCUCCAACUUGCUCAUUAUCAUGGUGGCAAAGUUAAUUCUGGGAUUGUUUUUUCCUAGUCUGUCUGAGCAUGAUUAUAUUUUAAAAUACUUAAACAUGCUUAGUAUAAGUAACUUUGAUUUUCUCAUUGGUGUUCCAUGAACCUGGCUUUGAAUGUUGGCAAUAUUUACAAGAGGAAAUAAAAUUGAUAAAAAUAGUAAAA